CCGAGCGUUGGCCGCGGAACCAGCAGCUACGAGCGCUCGCCGAGCGGCCGGUCGGUGGGGUCCUCGCGCCCCGCACGCCCGCACGCACGGCCCGGCCCGCAGUGAGCAUGGGCGCGGCGGCCGUGCGCUGGCACUUGUGUGUGCUGCUCGUCCUGGGCGCGCGCGGGCGGCUGGCGGGGGGCAGCGGGCUCCCAGGGGCCGUCGACGUGGACGAAUGCUCGGAGGGCACAGACGACUGCCACAUCGAUGCCAUCUGCCAGAACACGCCCAAGUCCUACAAAUGCCUCUGCAAGCCAGGCUACAAGGGGGAAGGCAGGCAGUGUGAAGACAUCGACGAGUGUGAGAAUGACUACUACAACGGGGGCUGUGUCCACGAGUGCAUCAAUAUCCCGGGGAACUACAGGUGCACCUGCUUUGACGGCUUCAUGCUGGCACACGAUGGACACAACUGCCUGGAUGUGGACGAGUGUCAGGACAACAACGGCGGCUGCCAGCAGAUCUGUGUCAAUGCCAUGGGCAGCUACGAGUGUCAGUGCCACAGCGGCUUUUUCCUCAGCGACAACCAGCACACCUGCAUCCACCGCUCCAAUGAGGGUAUGAACUGCAUGAACAAAGACCAUGGCUGUGCCCACAUCUGCCGGGAGACGCCCAAAGGUGGGGUGGCUUGUGACUGCAGGCCCGGCUUUGACCUUGCCCACAACCAGAAGGACUGCACACUAACCUGUAACUAUGGAAACGGAGGCUGCCAGCACAGCUGUGAGGACACGGACACAGGCCCCAUGUGCGGCUGCCACCAGAAGUAUGCCCUGCACUCAGACGGUCGGACAUGCAUCGAAAAGGAUGAGGCUGCAAUUGAGCGCUCUCAGUGCAAUGCCACGUCAGUAGCUGAUGUGGACAAGCGGGGGAAACGGCGGCUACUCAUGGAGACGUGUGCAGUAAAUAACGGAGGCUGUGACCGGACAUGCAAGGACACGGCCACCGGCGUGCGAUGCAGCUGCCCGGUUGGAUUCACACUGCAGCCGGAUGGGAAGACGUGCAAAGACAUCAACGAGUGCCUGGCCAACAACGGAGGCUGCGACCACUCCUGCCGCAACACCGUGGGCAGCCUCGAGUGUGGCUGCCGGAAGGGGUACAAGCUGCUGACGGACGAGCGGACGUGCCAAGACAUCGACGAGUGCUCCUUCGAGCGGACCUGUGACCACAUCUGCGUCAACUCCCCGGGCAGUUUCCAGUGCCUGUGCCGCCGCGGCUACACGCUCUAUGGGACAACCCACUGCGGAGAUGUGGACGAGUGCAGCAUGAACAACGGGAGCUGCGACCAGGGCUGCGUCAACACCAAGGGCAGCUACGAAUGCGUCUGCCCCCCAGGGAGGCGCCUCCACUGGAACCGGAAGGACUGCGUGGAGACGGGCAAGUGCCUUUCUCGGGCCAAGGCCUCACCCCAGGCCCAGCUGUCCUGCAGCAAGGUGGGCGGUGUGGAAAGCUGCUCCCUCUCUUGCCUGGCCCACACACUCUUCAUGCCAGACUCAGACGACAGCUACAGCCUGAGCUGCGGUGUCCCGGGCCUCCAAGGCAAGAUGCUACAGAAACGCAACAGCACCGGCUCCAGCACUGGGCCCAGCUGCUCAGGUGCCCCUGCCACCCUCGUCAGGCAGAAGGCCCGGUUCAAGAUUCGCGAUGCCAAGUGCCACCUGCGGCCCCGAAGCCGGGAGCCGGCAAAGGAGGCCCUGAGGCAGCUGCUGGAAAACUGCCACGUGACCUUUGUGACCCUCAAGUGUGACUCCUCCAAGAAGAGGCGCCGUGGCCGAAAGUCCCCAUCCAAGGAGGUGACCCACAUCACUGCAGAGUUCGAGGUUGAGACAAAGAUGGAAGAGGCCUCAGACACCUGCGAGGCCGAGUGCGUGCGGAGGCGAGUGGAACAGAGCCUGCAGGCCGCCGUCAAGACUCUGCGCAAGUCCGUCAGCCGGCAGCACUUCUCCGUCCAGGUCGCAGGCACUGAGUACGAGGUGGCCCAGCGGCCGGCCAAGGCCCUGGAGGGCCAGGGGACGUGUGGCACAGGCCAGGUGCUGCAGGACGGCAAAUGCGUGGCCUGCGGGCCUGGCACCUACUUCAGCGGAGAGCCAGGCCGGUGUGUGCCGUGCACGCUGGGGACCUACCAGGACGGGAACGGCCAGCUCAGCUGCACGCCGUGCCCCAGCAGCGACGGGCUCGGCCUGGCCGGCGCCCGCAACGUAUCCGAGUGUGGAGGCCAGUGCUCUCCAGGCUUCUUCUCCACCGACGGCUUCAGGCCCUGCCAGGCCUGCCCCGUGGGCACGUACCAGCCUGAGCCUGGGCGCACGGGCUGCUUCCCCUGUGGAGGGGGACUGCUCACCAAGCACGAGGGCACAGCCGCCUUCCAAGACUGUGAGGCCAAAGUGCACUGCUCCCCUGGCCACCACUACAAUACCACCACCCACCGGUGCAUCCGCUGCCCUGUCGGCACCUACCAGCCCGAGUUUGGCCAGAACCACUGCAUCACCUGUCCUGGCAACACCAGCACAGACUUCGACGGCUCCACCAACGUCACACACUGCAAAAACCAGCACUGCGGCGGCGAGCUUGGCGACUACACGGGCUACAUCGAGUCCCCCAACUACCCUGGCGACUACCCGGCCAAUGCCGAGUGCGUGUGGCACAUCUCGCCGCCCCCCAAGCGCAGGAUCCUCAUCGUGGUCCCCGAGAUCUUCCUGCCCAUCGAGGACGGGUGUGGCGACGUCCUGGUCAUGAGGAAGAGCGCCUCACCCACCUCUAUCACCACCUAUGAGACCUGCCAGACCUACGAGAGGCCCAUCGCCUUCACCUCCCGCUCCAGGAAGCUCUGGAUCCAGUUCAAAUCCAAUGAAGGCAACAGCGGCAAAGGGUUCCAAGUACCUUAUGUCACCUACGACGAGGACUACCAGAAGUUAAUAGAAGAUAUCGUCCGCGACGGACGGCUCUACGCCUCGGAGAAUCACCAGGAAAUUUUGAAAGACAAGAAGCUGAUCAAGGCCCUCUUCGACGUGUUGGCGCAUCCCCAGAACUACUUCAAGUACACAGCCCAGGAGUCCAAGGAGAUGUUCCCACGGUCCUUCAUCAAACUGCUACGUUCCAAGGUGUCCCGGUUCCUGCGACCCUACAAGUAACACUGGUGCGGCCGCCCUGCGUGGGGUGCUGGCUACCCGGGGAGGAGAGAGCUCCUCCCCUGCACAGUCGAAGCUACAGGCGGCUCCGUGGGCCUACACUCUGCCUUGGGAAUCACCGUGGCGUCUGCCCUUCAGGAAUCGCUGGCCAGCCCGUGGCAGGCGAGACCACAUAUGCAGGCAGAGACCCCAGCCCGGCUGCGCUCCUCUGAUGCCGCCCCCGUGGGAAAACGUUGCUUGAGGCAGCCUUUCUUGCUCCUUCCAGGACACCAAUAGCGCCCUCUCCUGAGCUGGCACCAGCGGACGCCACCCGGACCCAGGACGCUCGGCCACCACCCAGGCGGGUCCCGGGCAGAGCUGACCUUUGGAGGUUGCACGUGCCCUUUGCCCGGUGCUUCAGGGGAGAGAGGGGCAUGGCUGCCAUGUCUCAGGGGGGCUCUCAGAGGCAGAAUCCAAGACAGGAGUCCAGGCCGUGGAAGCAGGGGUGGUGAAGGCUCAUCUGGGGGCUGUGAUAAGCCAGUGUCGAUGCCGGCAGGGCGCCCACACCCGCCAGCUCCUCUGGCCGUGGGCCCAGGACACGGGCGAGUGCGGUUGGGCUCUCAGAAUUCUGUGAUGGGACAGAAAAGAGGUGCUGGGAGAGGAAGCUGUAGAUUUCUGCUUUCCCGUGAUAGAGCAUCUAAUUAAGUACUGUGUGUAUAUGAAUAUAAAGGUAAAGAUAAACAUACUUCUAUUUGCGGGUACUUUAGCAGCUGUAAAUAUUACCCUCCACCCCGCCUUCUCCCCGCUGUCGCUGGCUUCCCUGACUGAUUAAACUGCUCCCCCAAGCACUUGCCACGUCUGUUUACAAAGGCCAGGAGCCUCCAAGACCGGGGGCGAGGCAGGUCGGCCCUGGACACGCGGUGGAGUACAAACGCUUGGGGGACUGGGCUCCACGCCCUGCCAGCAUGUUGCCCUCCAGUGGAAAGCAGUGGAAAGCAGUGUCCCUUCGGACCCCUUCCUGGGGUCACAGGGCCCAGUGGUAAACUUUAGAAGGGGCCUGUGUCUGACCCGAGGCCAUGACCGUGGAGUUCAAGCUGAGGACGCUUGCCACCGGAAGGCAAGGCUUUGCCCCUGUGAGCACAGGCUGUGCUGAGCACCGGGGCCCAGGGAGGAAAACGGGUCCCGGGACGGGGGGGCCGCCCCCAGGCAGAGGCGGGCCGGCUGUCGGAGGCCCGGCUUCCAGUGCAGUCUUCUUUCUGCUGCACCCUGUGGCCUCCCUCUCAGGGUCGCUCUGUAAAGAAGCAAAGUCUGGAGUGUGACCGGGCUGCACCGUGUCCCACUCAGCCAGGAGCCAGGGCCUGGGAUGGAGCUAGCGAGGACCUCCGACAGGCCGCGGCCUCGCCCACUGCCACGCCGCUGCUGCCACCAGCCGCGGGACACGCAGAUGCUCUGUGGCUUUAGGGUUAACAGACAUUUAGAAUCCCAAGGAACACGGGCGAAUCCUCACACGAACUCCCGUCACCCAUUCUGGUCGCCUCUAGGUGGUUUCCUCCUCGCCCCAGACCCACGCGUGCCGCUAGGGAUGAGCACGCCCUUUGAGAACGGCUGUGGCGCUGAGGGCAUGAGGCCUGGAGGUCCCGGGCUGGGUGGUGAACAGGUCAGGGUGGAUUUUACAGUCCACAGCGGGGCUCGGCGCUCAGGAGCUCCUCACCGCCGCUACCUGCGUCCUCAGCGGCGGGUCCCCAGCUUGACUAAUGCUGCCGUCAUCACCUUCUCUUCCAAAAUCCAACUCAAGUGGGGAGGGCACUGCACUUGGUCGGUAGCUCAGUGUCAGCUGGGGAGCCCCGUCCAGGCCACGCUGCCCCUCCCCUGGUCACAGUCCUUGAAGGCCAGUCACAGUUUCCAGAAAGAGGCCUGUCCUCCGCAUCAAGCCCCUGGUCCUCCCCAGAAAUUAGGUGUGUCCUCCAGAAUCAGCCCCCAGCAAUAGCUACCCAG